AAUAACAUUCAGACAAACGAAUACGGAAUAAGUCUCAAUUCAGAAGUCAGAACACGUGUACACCGUUUGCCGCUCGGUGCAAUUAUCUGUAUACGGCACUUGCGAUUUUAAAUAUGGCACCUAAAGUUAAAACCGCCGCAAAGAAGAAUACUUCUUUCAAUAAGAAAAAAAUCUCGUUAAAAAAACCUGUUGCAAAACAACUUCCAAAGAAACAUCACGUGGACGAUUCUGACGAUUCAUUAGAUUGUAUUAAAUUCAAUAGCGAUUCUGAUCACGAUGCGAGCAGUUUGAGUGAAGAUGAAGGUGGACAAGUAUACGACAGUGAUGAUUUGGAGGACGAAGUUGAAAAGUUAAAGACAUCUGAUCCUGAGUUUUACAAAUAUAUUAAAGAAUGUGACAAAAACUUGUCAAAAAUAUCCGAGUCAAAUGAUCUAAGCAACGAUGAUGAUGAUGAUGAGGAUUAUGAAGAUGAAGAGGAAGGUAUUAAAUCUGAAAAACUGCAUAAACCUCCUGAUCAUUUAGAGAUUGGUAGUGAUGAAAGUGAAUUUGAAGAAGAGUUUUGUAAAGAAGGAGAUGAAUCUGUUAUUACAUUAUCUAUGAUACAGUCGUGGAGAGAAAAACUUCAAAAUUCUAAACAGAAACUUAAAUUCAUUACUACUGCAACUAAAGCAAUGACAGCAGCUCUUCAGAGAGUGACUGUAGAUGAAAUCAAUAAACCUACUCCAUAUAAAGUUGAAGGAAGUUCAGUGUUCAAUGGAGUUCUUCAAAUGUGUUUGUUUGACUUACAUCCAGCUUUAUUGAAGUUUUUAAAACUUCCCCCAGGCUGUACUUCUAAAAAUAUGAUAUUAAAAUCAAAAUACUGGAACAAAGUGAAAAUGACUCUUAGAUCAUACUUGACUGAUAUAUCCAAACUGUUGAACAAUGUAUCUAGUGAAGAUAUCACAUGUGUACUUCUGAAACAUUUACAUCAGAUGAUUGGAUUUCUCUCAUGUCUUCCAACUAUUGUGAAACCUGUAUUAAAAAGGCUUGUAGCAUUAUGGAGUGCCAAUGAUAGUGAAACUGUAAAAGUUGUUGCUUUCCUAUGUAUAUUAAAGUUGGCCAAUAGCGAUCCAUCAGCAUAUCUCGAAUUGGUUCUUAAGGCUAUGUAUGUUGGAUACAUUGCUAACAGCAAAUUUAUCACUCCUAAAUCAUUGCCUGGUAUCAAUUUUAUGAGACAAUCGUUGACAGAAAUGUUUUCUAUCAAUGAAGCAGUUUCAUACAAUCAUGCAUUUUUAUACAUAAGACAGUUGGCCAUACAUCUAAGAAACGCUGUAACAUUAAAGAAAAAAGAAAAUAUUCAAUCUGUUUACAACUGGCAAUAUAUCUCAUCAUUGAAACUAUGGUCAGACAUUUUGUGUGUCACAUUAAAUAAAAAACAGUUGCAAACCUUAGUUUAUCCACUUAUACAGAUAAUUGUCGGAUGCAUUAAACUCAUACCAACAGUUCAGUACCUUCCAUUGAGGUUUCAUUGUAUAUCUAUGUUAACAAAACUGAGUAAAGAGACCGGCAAAUUUGUACCUGUAUUGCCACAUAUUUUAGAGGUUUUAAGUUUAGUUGAUUUUCAAAAAAGACAUUCAAAAACAUCCAUGCGGCCAAUGGAUUUUACUUGUGUUUUACGUUUGUCAAAAUCACAGUUGCAAGAAAAUGUGUUUAAAGAUGCGGUUGUUGAGAGUGUACAUAGUUCUUUAAUGGAGUAUCUUAUAGUCGAAGCACAUACAAUUAGUUUUCCAGACUUGGUCGUACCACUUAUUAUUAAAUUGAAAGAGUUUAUUAAAAAUUGUAAAAACAUGAAUUACACACGUAAAUUACGAAGUAUAUUGGACAAAGUAAAAGACACAUCAAAUCUAAUAAGUGAUAAAAGAGGGAAAAGCGGUAUUUCUCUGUAUGACCUAAAAGCAAUCCAAGCAUGGGAAUCUGACAUUAAAUUAGCUGGCACGCCAAUGUCGCAAUAUUAUGAUAGUUGGUUCAAGUUAAACCAACAACAAAUGGCUAGAAAAUUAACCAACAAUAUUGCUCUAGGAGAAUUUAAUAUACCUACUUUGAUCAAACAUAAGCCAAAACAAAACGGUAAUGAUGGUCCAGCAGAACUGUUUCCAUCUGACGAUGAGGAUUUUGAAGCAAAUUUUGGGUCAUCAGAUGAUGAUAAAGAUAACUAUGAAGAAGAAGAAGAUUAUGAUAAUGAUGAUGAUAACUAAUGUGUUUUAGUUUUUCAUAAACCUAUUAAGUGUUGAUAUUGUUUAAUUUGCAUUAUAUUAAAAUGUGUUAUUUAUUUUAUAACAUGAUAAA